AGGGGGAAGAUAGCAACCAAGGCCAUGACAGAGGCCUGGAAUGUGGCAGUAUUUGCUGCUCGGCGGCACCACAAUGACGACGAUACCACAAGGGACAGUGUAUUUGCUUACACCAACAGCAACAAUACCCGUGACCCUUUUGAAGGUCCAAACUAUCAUAUUGCACCACGAUGGGUCUACAACUUAACUUCACUCUGGAUGGUCUUUGUUGUCAUUGCCUCAGUCUUUACCAAUGGUUUGGUAUUGGUGGCCACAGCCAAAUUCAAGAAAUUACGGCAUCCACUCAACUGGAUUUUGGUGAACUUGGCUAUAGCUGAUUUGGGUGAAACGGUUAUUGCUAGCACUAUCAGUGUCAUCAACCAGUUCUUUGGCUAUUUCGUCCUUGGCCAUCCUUUGUGUGUUUUGGAGGGUUAUACUGUCUCUGCUUGUGGCAUUACAGCUCUCUGGUCUUUGGCCAUUAUUUCCUGGGAGCGCUGGGUUGUUGUUUGCAAACCUUUUGGAAAUGUCAAGUUUGAUGCUAAAAUGGCUCUUGGUGGUAUUUUAUUCUCCUGGAUAUGGGCUUGCGCCUGGACAGCACCACCAAUCUUUGGCUGGAGUAGAUAUUGGCCCCAUGGUCUGAAAACUUCAUGUGGUCCAGAUGUAUUCAGUGGCAGUGAAGAUCCAGGUGUCCAGUCUUACAUGGUUGUCCUGAUGAUUACCUGUUGUGCAAUUCCCCUGAGUGUCAUCAUUAUCUGUUACUUGCAAGUGUGGCUAGCUAUCCGUGCGGUUGCAGCCCAGCAGAAAGAGUCAGAAUCAACACAGAAGGCUGAGAAGGAAGUGUCAAGGAUGGUAGUGGUCAUGAUCCUUGCCUAUAUUGUCUGCUGGGGACCAUAUACAUUUUUUGCCUGUUUUGCUGUUGCCAAUCCAGGCUAUGCCUUUCACCCCCUGACGGCGUCCCUGCCUGCCUUCUUUGCAAAAAGCGCCACCAUUUACAACCCAAUUAUCUAUGUCUUCAUGAACAGACAGUUCCGUAAUUGCAUAAUGCAGCUCUUUGGCAAGAAAGUGGACGAUGGUUCUGAACUUUCUUCUACUUCCCGCACUGAAGUCUCAUCUGCCUCUAACUCUUCUGUAUCACCGGCAUAA